AUGGUCCUUCCUAGAAACAAAAGACGGCCCGCUAAGCCCAAGGCGGCACUCAAGCCCGACAACCCCGACACAGAGAAGCUCAACAAGCUGUUUGCCGAGCUCACACAGCUCGAUGAGGAUCUCGCAGCAACAGAUAUCGUGUGGAAGGAGACCAAGAGUGUGGAGAAGAAGACCGACAAGACCGAUGAGCAGAUUUUCGCCACCGUCAGCGACCUAGCGAAAUUGUGCCAUGCCCACAUGACCAAGUGUGGUGUGGCCUUCAAGCCCCCUGUGUCCGUGGACAUUGCUGUUCAUACUGUUUCUGAUCUGCGUAAGGUGUUGCCAGCCUUCACUGGAGAGUAUCAGAACUUUGUGUCUCUGUCUGACAGUAGUGAUGCUCACGAAUUGAUGCAAAAGGAGCUUCGUAUUAAGCUUAGAGAUGUCUGUGGUGGUAUUUCGACUUUCAGCCGUGUUGUCCAGUCUCUUCUGAAGAUGGAUAGUAAGGCUGCCCAGACUAUGCUUGAUAACGUGCCUGUAGGUGACAGUGACGACGAAGUGACUGAUGCAAUUGGCAACCUCACUGUGGAGGAGGAAGUCAAGGGCCCCGAACUGUCUGCUGAGGAGCAAGAGGAACAGAUUGCUGCUGAAGCAUACUCCAAGCAACUGAUUCGAGUAGCUCAGACCUGGAAAUACUGCAACGCCGUCCAGGAGUUCUGCAAGACCCCAUUCUUGGACGUCGCCAAGAGACGUCUCAAGGAGACCUGUUUGGUCAUGACUGAUGCUGUUAACGAGCUCAAGGAGUGGCUGGAUAAUGCUGAUGACGAAGAUGAUGAUCCCUUUGGACUGGACGACUAUGAAGACACUGAUGACGAGGCAGAACCUGCUGCUCCCGCUGCCCCUACUUCCCGAAGCGACGAAAUUGUUGCUUUGGCUGAGAAGUGGCAUGCAAAGCUCAUUACCCUAUUCAAGCUCGUUCAGGCUCUGGCAUCACGAUACUCGUCUCUAUGCAAGGCUGAUGCUGAUGCCACUUCCAAGGACAGACUUGUAAGUGUCAACUCCCGUAUUUAUAAGCUUGCUGCCGGCGUCGACGACCUUGUCACCGGCUUCCUCAUGAACAGCUCUGUCGCUGAGCUUGAGGGUGAAUCUACCAAACUGGACGAGCUAGUGCGAGACUUGGCAAAGUCCGAGCGACUCAGCCCCGACGGGUCCAGCGAUGCUGUCACUGUCUAUAUUGACAGUGCUUUUUCCUCCGCUUAUGGGCUUUAA